GAGUAAGCUGCGGGGAAUUUCACCAGAGAAGCGAAAUGAGAAGCACCGGAGGGCAGAAAGGAAGUGGCCUGCGUUGAGUAACUGCGGACUUUCUUACUCUGUCAGCCUAGUGUAACCGGGAACACGAGAGCUGGGUGCCUCGCGCCCGGAGCCUGACUGCCCACCAGAAAGGAUUGCUCUUGGCCUCUUCCUCUGCAGAGAGAACCGAAUCCGGGGAGACUCCACCGCUGCCUCUGCAGCCUCCGUCAUGUGGAACACCUCGGACGCCAAUUUCUCCUGCUACCACAAGUCUGUGCUAGGCUAUCGCUACGUCGCCGUCAGCUGGGGCGUGAUGGUGACUGUGACGGGCACCGUGGGCAACGUGCUCACCCUGCUGGCCCUGGCCAUCCAGCCCAAGCUCCGAACCCGCUUCAACCUGCUCAUCGCCAACCUCACGCUGGCGGAUCUGCUCUACUGCACCCUCCUCCAGCCCUUCUCGGUGGACACCUACCUGCACCUGCACUGGCGCACUGGCGCUACCUUCUGCAGGAUCUUUGGGCUCCUCCUUUUUACGUCCAAUUCUGUCUCCAUCCUCACCCUCUGCCUCAUCGCCCUGGGACGCUACCUCCUCAUUGCUCACCCCAAGCUCUUCCCCCGUAUUUUCAGUGCCAAAGGGGUGGUGCUGGCACUGGUGGGCACCUGGGUCGUGGGUGUGGCCAGCUUCGCCCCGCUGUGGCCUGUCUAUGUCUUGGUGCCCGUGGUCUGCACCUGCAGCUUUGACCGCAUCCGAGGCCGGCCCUAUACCACCAUCCUCAUGGGCAUCUACUUUGUGCUUGGACUCAGCAGUGUCGGUGUCUUCUACUGCCUCAUCCACAGACAGGUGAGGCGGGCGGCACAGGCGCUGGACCAGUACAAGCUGCAACAGGCAAGCGUCCGCGCCAAGCACGUGGCUGGCACAGAUGAAGUCGUGCCCGGUCGUUACCAGGAGCUGGACAGCGGGCUGGUGUCAGGAGGGCCCAGUGAAGGGAUUUCAUCGGAGCCGGUCAGCGCCGCUACCACCCAGGAAGGGGACUGGUCGGACGUGGGGAAUCCGAGCUACGGCAAGGUAGCUAAGCCGAUGGCAGAGAAAAGCCACCCAGAAGUGCCUGCCAAGGCCCGGCCACCUACAGAAGGAGCGCGAAGAACUCAGGACUCCCCAUCAGAGUUCGGGAAGGUAACCCGGAUGUGUUUCGCAGUGUUUAUCUGCUUUGCCCUGAGCUACAUCCCUUUCUUGCUGCUCAACAUCUUCGACGCCAAGGUCCGGGCUCCCCGGGUUGCCCACAUGCUAGCCGCCAAUCUCACAUGGCUCAACGGUUGCAUCAACCCUGUGCUCUAUGCAGCCAUGAACCGCCAGUUCCGCCAAGCAUACGGCUCCCUCUUGAGACAAGGGCCCCAGAGUUUCCGGAGGCUCCGUUAGCGCCACGUCCGCACCCCCCUCCCGAACCAGGGUGCCCAGCCGAUUUGAGGACAGGUGAAAGGGACACCUGUGAACAGUCUCACGGCAACCUCUCCACCCCCAAGCCAACUCCCCCUAGAGCUGUGUUUUGGCCCUCGGCUGCCCGACAGCAUUAUGAAGUAUUAAUAAAUGAAUUCUAUGCUUGCAGCGCUCAGGUGUGGUCUCUGGUUGGUUUGGAGUGAGAACCAAAUAGCUGAGGAUUUGGAAUGACCUGUGUCUGGGCAGGGGCAGAAAGCAGCCGGGGAUUCCAGGUGAUAAAACAUGUGAGGUGGCUCAAGAGGAUUAGCCUGGGGUGGGCUUUUGAUGCAAAAGUUAAGAGCCUGGGGCCGGCGCUGUGGCGUAGUGGGUAAAGCCGCUGCCUACAGUGUCGGCAUCCUAUGUGGGUGCCAGUUCGAGUCCCAGCUGCUCCACUUCUGAUCCAGCUCUCUGCUAUGGCCUGGGAAAGCAGUAGAAGAUGGCCAAGUCCUUGGGCCCCUGCACCCACAUGGGAGACUCAGAAGAAACUUGCUCCUGGCUUCGGAUCAGUGUAGCUCCGGCCAUUGUGGCCAAUUGGGGAGUGAACCAUCGGAUGGAAGACCUCUCUCUCUCUCUCUGUCUCUCCUUCUC